CUGGCUUGCUCCCUGCCACUUGCGUGGCCAACCAGCUGCCCGGGGCAGGCAGCAGGAGGAGAAGGCAGCUCCAUCCCCUGGACUGUGCUGGCUCUGCCUCUGUUCCUACAGCAGAGAUCUAGGUGCCCAAUGCAAGCUGGCAAUCUCUGAAGUGAAAGUGCGCCAGGUGGGAUGAGCUGGGGUCAGAGGCCCUCGGGCAGACAGUUUCCCUCUGGCAGUGCCAGCCCAGCAGAGCCACCCUGCACUGCGUGCCACAGCACAGAAGCCUGCAUCAGUGCAAUGGGACAAGAGAGCAUCGCACUGCGCUACCGGCAGCUGCACAUCCCGGCUCAGCCAGAGCCAGGCAGACAGCGUGGGAGCACUGUCAGCCUCAGCCACAUCUGCCAUGGCCAUCCCAGCCAGAGAGCAGGUACGAAGACGCAAGGACAACAUCAUUUUAUUCUGCAGUUCCCAGCACAUUCUGCAGCUAACAAGCCCAGUGAAUGGCAUGAACAUGCAUUCCCUCUUUUUAAAACACGUCUGUAAGCUGCGUAAUGGGACCUUUUUUUUUUCUAGUCAAAACACUGGAAGCAUUAAUUAAAAAUAAUUGUUGAUGCUAUCAUCCUAAAUGCUUACUGUGUUUCUUAUCUGGCCAACUCAUGCCUUAGAUUCCACGAAUAAAUCACAAAGACAGCAGAUAUCACAUAUCACCACAGAAAUGAGCUUAGCCUGGGAGAACAAAUUAAGGGGAAAGAUAGAAUCUAAAGCCCCCGGCUCCCUCUGGGAACGAGGUGCUGCUCACACUCCUUUCGGAGGCUGCAGUUUCCAGGCCUGGCUCUCAGUGAUGCUCUCCCUGCCCUAAAAGAGCCAUGCAGAAUUCACUAUCUGGUGAUCGGGUGUAUGUGUCUGCUGUGAGGUCAAGGAGGGAGGUAAACAGGGGGCUCCCCAUAACAGCAUGCACACAGUAUGUCAGAACUAGUUAUCCAGUACCCAGCUAGGCAGCGGGAAGAGAAAAUGAGAAGUAAUCUAACAUGAAAUGUUAGCAGGAAGAUCGUUCUCAUGCCCUUAGCAACCAGCAUUACCACCUGCGGCAGGCAGCACUGUAACACACAUCUCCAAUCAGUACUCUGUGAUCUGGCAGUUUGUCUCAUUGUUUUUAAAUGCAAGAAUGCUUCUACCUUUUUCUUUUCGCUGUCAGACUUAUUUGAGUGCCCAUAACCUGGUGAAACUGCCCCACGUGAAGAAGGGGAAGGCACUUCCCCUGGGGCUGCAUUUUUCUUCUUAAAUGUUGUACUAAGGGACGUGUUUUAGUGGGAAAAUAUUGGUGGCAGGCAGACAGCUGGACUGGAUGAGCUCAGAGAUCUCUUCCAACCUUGUGAUUCUAUGAUUCUCCCAGGUGGUCCCUGCCCCCAGUUCUUGGAGACAACAGGGCCACUCUGGGCUGCUGAGCAGUGGUUGACAGUGCACCCCUUCAUGGCACACACUGCUCCAUUCCACAGGAGCUCUGCUGUGUCACAGAAGCAAAGGGAAGCAGCUGGGCAGAGCACAGAUGGAUUUCUGGAAAUGAGGACGCUGCCCCAGGUACAGCGAGAGCUGUUACAGGGUGGGCUGGAAAGAGAAAGAGGAGGGAGCAGGUCGACCCGUGCCUGCUCACAGCUUGUGAUCCCCAGCAGCACCGGGUUGCUUUCCUCAUUGUGCCACAUCAGCCUCAGCUGCCUCAGUUCUGUGCCAGGGUAAAGGAGGAGCUCCUGCAGAGCCUCCCUGCAGCACCCCUCCUCCAGGCACAGCAGAGCAGGCAGAGACAGCCCAGUUUGGCAACCAAAGCCACCUGAGGAGCAGCGCAGUGACACGAUGCCUGGCUGGAUGAGAGCUCAGCCCUUGGGCAGAAUGCUGUGCUCAGCUCCUCAGCUGCCCGCAGCACCCUGUGCAGAGCCAAACAUUGGGGCUGUGAGCAGAACUGACCUACCUGGCACUCCAGAGCUGCGCGUGUGUGCAGACCCUGUGCGCUCCUGCAGUUCUCACCCAGUUCAUCUGAUGCUUUGAGCUGCUCAAGCCUCAGAGCAGUAACUGGCAGUUCUAACACACAGGGGCUGCGUGGUGCUGAGACCUCUCGCUACUCCUGACAGCAAAAUGCUGCUGGAAUGCUGCAGUGUUCUGGGCCUGCUCCAGCCCUGCCUGCAGCUCUGCCUUUGCAGCUGCUCCCCAAAGUGUUCUCCAUCCCCGAGCCCAGCAGCACACCUGGGUCCCCGUAUGCCACGUGAGGACUGAGCCACGCUUUGAUAAGGAGACACAACUUGUCCCCUCCCUUAAGCACCCUUAUUUUCUUUUUCACCUCAUGCCUGUGCCAUGCCCGCUGCCUUCCAGGGCAGAGCCUAGCUAGAAUUAAUAGAAUUAACAUCUAGAAUUAAUAGUCAAGUCAGGUAUCUUUAAUAAUUCUCUCUAUACAUGAGGGAUUCCCAGCAGGGUGAGGAGCCAGGGCCGCUGCUGCCCAUGCCCAGCACCACGCUGCCCUCCGCACACCCCACGCUCUGGUGGAACAGAACAGCACUUAGCCCAUACACACUGCAUUUCUUCAUGCUGAGCCAACGUGGUCGCCCGACGCUAGCGCAUGACACACAGUCACACAGAGGUGGUACAGAGAACAUUGCCACGAGACAACAGACAGCGUCACCGCCCCCCGGAGCUGUCAGCACUCAGCUCUGUGCACCGAGGCUGCAGUGACCUCAGCCAUCAGUACAGGAAGGUGCUGCCCUGGUGAAGGCUGACCUCCAGCUGAGCUUUGCCCGGUGGUUGGGAUGGAGGAUGCUGCUGGGCUUUCAGCCUCCAGCACCAACGUGAGCAGCACACGGUGGUUCCUCUCAGGCCGCCCUCCUGCAGGCCCCGUUCCUGUUGGUGAGGUUGGGCAGUGCGGGCCCCGUGCCCGGCCCAGAAGAGCCGUGGGGCUGCAGGCAGGCAGUCAGCGAGACGGGGGGACUCUCCCUCCCACCGCCCCACAGGAGAACUCCUUGCAUCGCUCCCCGCCGGGCACGGAUGCUGCCGGCCUGGAGAAGGCAGCCCGCAGCUCCACGCACGUACACACAGCACAUAAGCUCUGAGGUAUAACAAAGGGAAGAGGAUAAACGCCAGUGCAAUGCUUCUUCCACGCUGCUGCAGCGUUUGCUCGGCCCCGGCUCGCCGUGCACGCCGACCAUCGAUCACUUCUGCUAACAGAGCACCACUCGCAGGGCCGGGGGCUCUGCAGGCUCAGCUUCUGCAGCGGUGCACGGGCUGCGGGUGUAGGGCUUCGUGCGGGACAGCCAUCCCUCGUCAGACGGGCAGCAGCACGCAGGGAACAACCGGGCCAGCAGGGCAGCGGGCAACCCUGUGCUGUCAUCGGGGGGCUGAGGCCGCUCGCUUGGCACAGCCCCGGGCUGUCCCCUCUCCGGCUCAGAGCGCAAGGCACAGGCGGUGACGGGAGGGGAGCGGGGAGGGAGUGAGGGCUCACAAGACAGGGAUGCUCCGAGACACGGGGUGACAGCAGACGGGGCACAGAGCCACAUGCUGACCUGCUGGGGGGGCCCGCGCCCGCAGCUGGCGGCCGGCAGCCCUCAGUGGAACGCCAGGAGGAACAUGAGCACCACGUUGACGACGAUGAGGAAAAGCAGGAUGACAAAGACCACCACCCGCUGGGUCUCCGGGUUCAUGUUGCAGCGGAGGAAGGUGUGAAGCGCCCUCCACUUGUGCCUGCUGCGCUCGGGGACCUUUGCCAUGGCUUCAGCCCGGGACAAAAUUAAAAAAGAAAAGGAAAAAAAAAAAAAAGGGAGAAAAAAAAAAGCGCCCUUCCCAAAGGAACGCAGGGGCAGAGCGCUGCGUGCAGCGGCGCAGCUCUCAGGGGCUCGGCCCGGCCAUGGCAGCCGCGGACGGGACCCCGCAGCACCCCGCCCGCCGCGGCCCCGGAGCGGUGCGGACCCCUCCCGCGGGGAGCGGCGCUGCGUUCCGGCCGCGGCGAUUUGCUGCGCCGUCUCCAGGAUACGCGCGAGCCCUGGCAACGCGGCGCGGGGUGCGGGGGGCGGCCCGAGCGGGCGGCGGAGCCCUCAGCCCCGCACCGCGCCGGCGGGCGGCGGGGCGCGGACGGAUCUCGGAGCCGGGGGCUGCGGGGCGAGGCCGCCUCUGCCGGCCCCCGACCCUCUGCAGCCGGGAGCCUCCUGCGGGCAGCUCUGCGGAGCCGAACGGCGCGCCGCCGGGCGGGGAUGUCGGCCGGGCGGCGAAGCGCUGGGGGCAGGUCCGCGGGCACCGGCGGCAGCGCGGCGCCCGAGCGGCACCCGCAGGCGCUGCCGAGAGCAGCGGGGCCGCGGGCGGGGCCGCGCCGAGCGCCGUGAGGGGCAGCCGGCGCCGGGGAGCUGCCGCUGCCGCACCUGCGCGCUCCGGGAGCUCGUCAUCCCUCCGCGGGAUCGCGACGGGUGAGCGCGGCGCCCGCAGCCGGCGCUGGACGGUGCGAAGAGGAUGACUCUGCACUUCACCCCAUCCUUCAGCCGCGCUCAAAGCGCGUGCAUCCGUUUGGG